GUCAGAUCAAUUUGUAAACAGAGCAGUCUCGAAGUCUAGUUAAAGACUGAAGUGUAGCCUAAAUAUAUGUGGUUUGAUUUUGAAUUGGAUGUUACGGUGCAACGGAACUUCGGUUCCCAGCAGCGGACAACAUGGAGUGCCCCCACCCACCCUGGGCUCCCUGCGGCUCCUGGUUCCUCCCCUGCGUCUGGUAGCCGCCUACAUGUGGCAGGUGACGCGGAGAGGGGACGUGAUGCAGUAUGGGAUUCUGGCAGACUUCGUCUCCCUGGUGAUGGAGGCGGUCCCGGAGCUGCUCAGUCCGAAGCAUGCAGUGGAACUUAUUCUGGGUCUGCGAGCCAGGGUGGUUCUAGAACUGUGCCGUGGGGAUCGUGCUGUAGCGUCUGACGAGCUGAAGCUCCACCUGGACAGCAUCCAGCUGCUGCUGCCCGUCCUCAGAGCAGAGGAUGGCAGCCUUGGUGAUUCAGAGACUGGCUUUACGAAGUUAGUUCAAACACUCCUUGAGGAUCUUGAGGAGAGAAAGAGCUUCUUCCAGGACGUGUUUCCGGAUGUGUGUGGCUCCCGUUAUGAUGAGGUGCUGCAGGUUCUCAUGUGGGACUUCCUCAGGAGACUGGAGAAGCUGCUGCCAGUCCCCGAUCUGCUGCAGGUUGUGUCGUGGCUUGACGGCUCUGCUGCGUUGGCUGCUGACUGUGCUGAGUGCAUCACCCACCCUGAGAAUCUGAAGGCCUUAACCCAGUGCACUGAGGUCCUCGCUCGCCUGGAUCCUCCUAGCGCCCCCACAGUGCUGGGGGGAGUCAUCGUCUCCCUGCUCCACACCGGACCACACAGGACUGCCACCAGGGGGCAGAUGGACAGCACCACAGGGGGGCAGAUGGACAGCACCACUGGGCAGAUGGACAGCACCACGGGGCAGAUGGGCAGCACUUGCCCUACACAGCAUUUCCAUCCGACCGAGGAUCAUGCCCAGAGCAACCCUGUGACCUCCGAGGAGGUUGUCCUGGAGACCGUUACCAAGACCACGUGCACAGGAAUGGAGCUGGGGACGAGUUUAGCUGACGGAGAAGCAGGGGAGGAGCCGGGAGGAGGAGGACACAGGGCAGAUGGAGGAGAGGAGGUGUCCGCAGGAGGAGGAGGAGGAGGAGGACACAGGGCAGGGGAGAGGCAGCAGGGAGGUGUAGAGGAGGUGGACGUGGAGAUGACCGAGAGCAGUGGAGGAGAGGAGGAGGAGGAGGAGAGCAGUGACUGGGUGUCCGAGAGGGACAGGAUGAGCCAGGGUCAGUCAGGGGAGGCAGAACUCCAACAGGAAACACACGGGCAGGGUUCCACCGCCACUUCCUGUGUGGGCCUUAGAAGCCGGGCGACUGGUGGGACUGCUCCUGACUCCGCUGUCCCGGUCGGCUGGAGGAGGUCACAAAGGAAGCCAAAGAAAACCUGGAAGGUCAAGGUCGUCCACGCACAGGUGCAGAGGACAAAGGUCAAGGCCCAGGAAAGAAAACAUGGCUACUGUUUGGUGUCAAAGAACGUCAAUUCCAAUGAGGCCGCCCAGACGUGGUCGCGUCUGCAGUGCCCAUUCACCCACCAGCAGGAGGAGCUAGUGAGGCAGCACCAGGAGCUGGUUCACACUGACCAGACUCAGACAGCGCCCCCCUCAGGCCCGGCCCUGCCUCACGCGUGCGCCGACUGCGGGAAGAGCUACCGCUUCGCCUCGGAGCUGAAGGCGCACCAGCGCACCCACUCGGGGGAGCGACCGUUCACCUGCCAGCAGUGUGACAAGAGCUUCGCGCACAGCCAGCGGUCCGCAACGAGCAUCGACGUACGCAGCACGAGCCCAAGAACUACUGCGACCGAGUGUGACAAGCUCUUCAGUUCGCCAUCCGCUCUCCAGCGCCACCUGCUGUUGCACCAGCAGGAGCGUCCCUACAAGUGCCCCGAAUGCCCCGCUACCUUCCCCUGUCUGCCCAGCCUUACCCGCCAUGGGGUGGCGCACCGCACCGAGCGCUCCUACCCCUGCAGCUGCGGCAAGUCCUUCACCUACAAGGGGGCGCUGUUGAGCCACCAGCGCGUGCACUCCAACGAGCGGCCCUUCCUCUGCGACGACUGCGGCAAGAGCUUCCUGUACAAGGGCGCGCUGGAGCAGCAUCGCAUGACCCACUCGGACGAGAGGCCCUUCCUGUGCCCACACUGUGGCAAGGCCUUCAAGCGCCAGCGCAGCCUGAACAAGCACGUGAGCGGGCACACCCGCGAGAAAGUCUUCCACUGCUCACAGUGCGACAAGACCUUCUGCUACAAAGCCAGCCUGACACGGCACGAACUGACCCACUCGGGCGAGAGGCCCUUCCUGUGCGACGACUGCGGUAAGGGGUUCUUCUCGCACAGUGAGCUGCAGAAGCACCAGCGGUUUCACACGGGCCACAAGCCGUUCCGAUGCGCGGUGUGCGACAAGAGCUUCACGCAGUCCUGCUACCUGACUCUGCACAUGCGCUACCACACAGGCGCGCGGCCGUACACCUGCACGUCCUGCUCAAAGAACUUCAGCAGCUCCACGCGGCUCAAGAGGCACAUGCGCACACACACCGGGGAGAAGCCGUACCAGUGCCCUGUGUGCCUCGCACGCUUUCAGCAGUCCUACCAGCUGAAAGCCCACCGUCAGACCCACCACGCCCUCAACCCCGACCAAUGACGCAGCACGAAUGGCGACUGAUGCACCUGACCCUCAGCUUCGACCAAUGACGCAGCUCAAAUGAUGACUGAUGCACCUGACCCUCAACCCCGACCAAUGACGCAUCUGGAAUGGCAGACACACUACACACUCUGCCUCGGCCAAUGACACGGCUGGAAUGCCAACGCAUCACAACCUCAGCCUCGACCAAUGACACGGCUGAAAUGGCCAACACACUCGGCCCUCAGACGCGACCAGUGACACAACUGGUAUUCAUGGGUUUCAUCAGGUCCCUUUCCAGAGAUCUAUUAAUCAAGCAGCAUGCAGUCUGCAUUCAUAAUCCAGGUGCUUGAUUAAUACACCUGUGGAAAGGGACCUGAUGGAACCCAUGAAUAGCAAAUGCAUUGACCCAGCAAAUGCAUAUUCACCUGCACACCUGCACACGGCCCUCUCACCUGCACACCUGCGGCCCUGUCGACUACACACCUGUGGCCCUCUCACCUGCACACCUGCGGCCCUCUCACCUGCACACGGCCCUCUCACCUGCACACCUGCGGCCCUGUCGACUACACACCUGCGGCCCUCUCACCUGCACACCUGUGGCCCUGUCGACUACACACCUGCGGCCCUCUCACCUGCACACCUGUGGCCCUGUCGACUACACACCUGCGGCCCUCUCACCUGCACACGGCACUCUCACCUGCACACCUGCGGCCCUCUCACCUGCACACGGCCCUCUCACCUGCACACCUGCGGCCCUGUCGACUACACACCUGUGGCCCUCACACCUGCACACCUGUGGCCCUCACACCUGCACACCUGUGGCCCUCUAACCUGCACACCUGUAGCUCUCUCACCUGCACACCUGUGGCCCUCUCACCUACACACCUCUCACCUGCACACCUGUGGCCCUCUCACCUGCACACCUGUGGCCUUCACCAGAAUGAGGUGUGUCUGGUGCUGAAUGCUUCCUGAUAGAACACUCAAUCAUGCUCUGAUUCCACCAUUCCGUCCAGAUCCGUGUGUGUCUGCAUUGCUCCAGAGACGUGUGUGUCUGCAUUGCUCCAGAGAUGUGUGUGUCUGCAUUGCUCCAGAUCUAUUUGGAUGACUCUUUUGGACUCAAGGGCACAAGUCUGAAACUUCUUAAAGGAUUUGUUAACCACUACAGCUUAAUAAUAGAAAAGAAGGGGGUUCUAUUCAUCAUAAACUUUUGAUUUCAACUCUUUUUGGAGUAGAUGUCGGUCUAAAACUCUACGUUCAUACUCUUGUUACUAAUAUUGUUUUAGCUGUUAAAAAUGAUAUGAUGUCUUUCAAUGUCCAUCAUUCAUGUUUCUACCUGUACCAUGUUUGUUUUAUUUUUGAGUUUUUAUUUUCAUAUUUGUGCCUUAUGAAGAAUGGGUUUCAUAUUGAAUGUAAAUGAAUUAAGCCCACAAAUAAAGUUCAGAAAUUGAGAA